CUUAUACAUCAAGUUGAUCAAGUAAUAUCUUUUGAACCUCAUGAAGUUCAAAGUGAAGUGGGUAUGAUUACCAAUGUUCAAUCAACAAAUGAAUGGAGCAAUUUUAGGGAUACCAAAGCUAACCAAAUGUUUGUUGAUUACCAAGCAAGACGUGGUCAAUGAUAUGGAGAAGGGCAAGAAGUCAGGCUCGGGCAGGGGUUACAUUUCUUGGAAUGACGACAUGGACAAGGCUCUUCUUAACACAUUUGUGGAGUACUAUAACAAGGGUGACAGAUGCCAGAACGGGUGGAAGUCUCAUAUCUAUACAGCUACUAUCAAGAAUGUCCGAGAAAAGUGUAAUGUGGAUAUCUCAAAAGACAACAUCAUGGCGAGGAACAAGACUUUUGACAAACACUACACUAUCAUCAAUGGUAUGCUGGAAUCAAGUGGAUUUGGUUGGGAUUGGAACAAAAACAAAAUAUCUGUUGAUAGUGAUUCUGUAUCGGAAGAAUAUGUGGCGAAAAACAAAGAAGCUUCUGGGUAUAGGCACAAGACUGUCUUGUACUGGGACUCAAUUAGCUUGGUGUUUGGCAAAGACCAUACUACCGGUGAAGCAGCAAGGACUGCAGCUGAGAGCUCAAAAGACAUGAGUAAGGAAGAUCUUUGUAACAAAGAGCUCACUUCAUCGGCAACUUCAGGAAGUUUAAAGAGGCAACGGUCAGGUGACUCUUUUACCUCUAUGAUAGCUGAAAAAAUGGACAAGUUCGCUGAAGCACUCAAGGAGGAAGCCUCUAAAGGACCAACAUCAAAAGAAAUUCUAGACACACUGAAUGAAGUACAAGGAUUGGAUGAAGACACUUUGUUGGACCUAUUUGAUAUCCUGACCGGUGAUGCACGCAAGUACGAGUCUCUGUUGGCGCUUCCAGAGAAGAUGAGGAAGAGGUGGCUUCUAAAACAGCUCAACAAGUGAAGAAACUAGUUCAUCUAUAUCAAGUGAUGGAUAAUAUCUAUUGAACUUGUAAUAAUAUAUGGCAUUGUAUGUACGAUUUCUGUAGCUCGUCUGAAAGUAUUAUCUUGUAUUUUAUCUGUAUUUUUCUAGCUGGAGGUAUGUAACUCGUGUAUGAUGUGUCCUUGCGUAAAGAGUGUUCAUGGGUGUCAUCGACGCAUAAUGAGCUCCAAGCUCCUAAAAGAUGAAGGAAAUAAAAAUCUUCAGAUAUCAGCCCAUUUUAAA